GGCUGGACCGCCCUUCACUUCGCCGCGCAGGACGGACACGUCGAGAUGGCCCGCUUGCUGCUCGAGCGAGGGAUGGAAAUCGACGAUCGCAAUAGCAAGCAAUGGACUGCUCUGCACAUGGCAGCGCAGGGAGGACACGUUACGCUGGCUAAGCUACUCCUUGACAAAGGCGCCGAUCCAGCGGCAUGCGCGCGCGAUGAUGAAGGUCGGACACCUCUCCACCUUGCAGCGCAGUAUGGGCAUCUCGCGCUUGCUCGUGUCCUCCUUGCCAGAGGUGCCAGUCCUGUGGCACGCGAUGAUGACGGCCGAACUCCCGCUCACCACGCUGCACAGUACGGGAACAUCGACGUAGUCCGCUUCCUACUCGAC